AUGGCUGGCGGCUUGGGAUGUGUGGCUAGGGACAAGUAUGGCUGGUUUCAUGUUGCAGGUGGGGAAGGAGGCUUCCAGUGCGCUUCUGCGCUUGCUGCAGAAGCCGAGCCCCUUCGUGCUGGUGCAGCGGCCGGAGUGUUACAUGGUUGGCACAAGCUUGUUAUUGAAUCAGAUUCCAAAAUCCUUAUUGAGGCGCUACGGACAGGAACGAUUCCAGAGGCAAUUAACUUUAUAAUAAGGAGUCUUCCAUGA